AUGUCCGCCAGGUCACUCUCCGAUUCCUUCGCCAUGGCCGAGGAAUCACCCUCGGACAACGAUGAGAUCGACUCUCUGCCCUCGACAUCGACCGAGAGCUUUGUGUCCGAUGACGACGACUACGAUGCGCAGAAGGAGUGGGAACACAGCUUGGAGCAGCUACAGCUGCUUUUGACCAUGAUACUGGUGCCCUUUGCGGGCAAGUACUUUGGUCGCAAAUUCGCAUAUUGGAGUUGGACGAGAUACAUGGAAUGGAUGCAUGACGUCGAGAUAAACUGGACGAGCAAGAAGACGUUCAAAGCUGCGGGUGCAGCAGAAGCAGCGGCAACGCUAUAA